AUGAAGCCUCAGACUAAGCUCGCAUUUGCCUCGUGGGCAUCAACCGCCCUCGCAAUACAGCCAUGGCUAGACAAGAGUCUGUCAUUUGAGGAGCGUCUGGACUCCUUCAUCGCCCAACUCAAUGACACCCAGAAAUAUGCCAUGGUCCAAGGCGACACCGAGCUGACGGACAACGGCACCGGUGUGAACGCCUGUAUUGGCCAUAUCGCGGGCAACGACACCCUCGGCAUCCCAGAUAUCUGCAUGGGCGACGGUCCCGCCGGCGUCGGCAACUCCCUGAACAACGUCACCGCAUUCCCGGCUCCAGUAAUGGCAGCCAGCUCAUGGAACACAUCCGUGCAGUACGAGUACGGCCAAGCACUGGCGCAGGAGCACAUGGGCAAAGGCCGCAACAUCGUCCUCGCCCCGACCAUCAACAUCCUGCGCUCUCCACUAUGGGCCCGCGCCGCCGAGACGCUCUCCGAGGACCCGUGGCUCACCGCACGCAUGGCCGUCGCCGUCACCCAGGGGAUCCAGAGCCAGGGCGCACUGGCGUGUCCGAAGCACUUCGCCGCGUACAACCAGGACACGAACCGCUUCGGUCUCGGGCCGGAGUGGGUUACCGUCAACGCCGUGGUGGACAAGCGGACGAUGCACGAGUUGUAUCUGCCGGCGUUCAAGGCGAGCGUGCAGGAGGCGGACGCGGCGUGUGUGAUGUGCUCGUACAACCGUCUCAACGGCGAGUUUACGUGUGAGAAUGACUGGCUUUUGAACACGACGCUGAGGCAGGACUGGGGGUUUGAGGGGUUUGUUGUUGCGGAUUGGUACUUUUCGACGCGGAGCACCGUGCCGGCUGUCAUGGCUGGGUUGGAUAUCUCGAUGCCGGGCGGGGAUCUGACGAAUAGUUACGGUUUCCCCGCAUAUUACGGGGAUCUGCUGGUCGAGGCUGUGAACAAUGGUUCGAUUCCGAAAGACCGUCUUGAUGAUAUGGUCAAGAGGGUGUGGCGGUACAUGUUCAAGCUUGGACAGGUCGACGAUCCUGUCACGGGAGACUCGACGGCGCAUGUUCGCACCCAGGAACAUCUCGACCUUGCGCAGAGAAUGGUGGAAGACGGCGCUGUGCUGUUGAAGAAUGAGCAGAGCACACUUCCUUUGUCUCCGGCCAAGUACUCCAAGAUCGCCGUGUUCGGAGUCGGCGCAACCACCGAGAACCAGGUCUCGGAGAACCACGGCGGCUUCGUCAUUGACUCGACAAUGGUAGUCCAGGCACCUUUUGACGCGAUCAACCGUCGCGGAAGCGCGGAGAAUAUCUCUGUUAAGUACUCGGAGGCGUAUCCCGGCACUGGACAGUUUCCCACCAUUCCUUCGUCGAUGUUCAAAAACGGAGGAGUAAAUGCGACGUAUUACACAACGACAGACUUCUCUGGGCCCAUCAACACGACGGAGUUUGUCUCAAACAUCACCAUCGCGACGUAUCCGUCACAGUUGUGGCAAGCCUACCCGGACGUAUUCUCGGCCGUGUACGAGGGCGUCUUCCUCCCCAACACGACCGGCACGUACCACUUCUCCAUGUACGGCCAAGGAACGGCGCUUCUGUACUUGGACGACAAGCUAGUCGCCAACAUGUCAUAUGCCAACUUUGGAAAUUACGUACAGGGCACCGCGUAUCUGGAGUCCGGAUCCGAGGUCAAGAUGGUGCUCCAGUACGACAUGGGCUACUCGCUCUCCACCGGCGCGUACGGCGUCACUCUCGGUGUAGACAUCGGCAACCAGACGCGCGACUCUGCCGCCGACCAGUUGGCCGAGUGGGCGGACAUCAGCAUCGUCUUCGCUUCCGACCGAUUAUCCGAGGGCGCGGAUAGCGGACUGGGACUAUCUCUCCCGGGUGACCAGGAUGCUCUCAUCAGUCGUAUCACAGGCGUGUCGAAGAAGACGGUCGUGGUUCUCAACACCAACUCUGCUGUCCUGAUGCCCUGGAUUCAGGACGUCGACUCGGUGAUGGAGAUUUGGUAUCCUGGCCAGCAGGUCGGCCUGGCUCUGGAGCGUCUGCUUUUCGGGGAUAUCAGUCCGAGUGGGAAGUUGCCCAUGACAUUCCCGGCGGCGCUGCAUGAUACGAUCCAGAUUAAUACGGACAUCGACGUCCCGUUCACUGAGGGGCUGUAUGUUGGAUACAAGGCCUUUGACGAGAGUGGUGUUCAGCCCCUGUUUCCGUUCGGACACGGAUUGACGUACUCCAACUUCACCCUAUGGGAUUUGAGAACAUCAGCAAAUGACAGUGCUGUUAUUGUCACAGCUACUCUGGCAAACGAAGGUGCAUUCAACGCAAAGGAGGUUGUUCAGUUGUACGUUGGUUACCCUGACGCAGCGAAGGAGCCGCCGAAACUGCUCAAGGCUUUCAGCAAAGUUGAAGUUGAGGCUGGUGGCAGCAAGAUCGUGGAAAUGGUGGUUUCGAAGAACGAUUUGAGGAUUUGGGAUGUUAGUACUGAGGGAGAGACAUUUGUGGAAGGAGCGUAUGAGUUCAUGCUUGGGUUCUCGGCGGGGGACAUUAGAGCAAAGCAAAGCUUGGAGUUGGCGUAG